GUGUGUGUGUGUGUGUGUGUGUGUGUGUGUGUGUGUCUGCCGGUGGCUCAGUCCUCUCAGUCAGUGUGAGUGUUGCUGCCGUCAGGAUGAAGGUGUGUGUGCUCCUGCUGUGUGUGUGUUUUCUGUGGAGGAUCGAAGCUCAGUCCCGAACGUAUCUGAUCACGGCUCCUCUGUCUCUGCACCUGGACGCCAUGGAAACGGUGCUGCUGCAGUUAUUCGGCUUCACGGAGGAAGUGAAAGUUUACGUGUUCCUGAAGACGUCGAUGGCUCCGGAUCACGUGGAGCUGGCGAGAGAAGUGGUGACGCUGAACGCUGCGAACAACCAUCAGGCUGCUGCUAGAGUCAGAUUGUUCCCAGGUCAGCUGGAUAAAGGUGUGAGUCAUGUGACCCUUCACGUCCAAUCAACAGAGAUCAACCAGCAUCUCUCUCUCGCUGUCAGCCGCACUAACGGCUUCCUGUUCAUCCAGACCGACAAACCUUUGUACACACCUCACCAGGGAGUCAAAGUGAGGGCGUUCUCGAUGAACCAGGAGCUGAGGCCGGCCAAUCGCAGCGUGUUCCUGACCUUUAAGGAUCCGGAUCAUAAGACCGUGGACAUCGUGGAAAUGAUUGAUGUGAAUAACGGAAUCCCCUCCAUGCAAAACCCCUUCAAGAUCCCCAUCAGACCAAAGUUGGGGAUUUGGACCAUUGAAGCUGCGUAUUCUGAUGAUUUCACCACAACAGCGAGAGCAGACUUUGAAGUUAAAGAAUACGUUCUUCCCAGUUUCUCCAUCCUGGUGGAGCCACAAGUGAACUUCAUCAGCUACGGAAGCUUCACCCGCUUCACCUUUAAGGUCUCAGCCAAGUAUUUCCAUGGAGCUCCGGUAGCUAACGGCGAGGUGUUUCUGCGCUACGGCUACGUUGGCAAGAAGGACGCUCCGUUCAUCAUCCCGAACUCUGUAACCAGAGACAGAUUGUCUUCGGCAGGUGAGGUGGACGUGACUCUCAACAUGGAGGCGGUUCUGUCCAAACACACCGGACCCCAAGACCUCAACAGCCUGGUGGGGAAGUAUCUGUAUAUCGCUAUUCUGCUGCAGGAGGAUACAGGUGGGAUCAGCCAGGAGGCGGAGUUUGCAGGAGUGAAGUUUGUGAAAUCCCCAUACAGUCUGAGCCUGGUGUCCACGCCUCCUUUCAUCAAACCUGGACUUCCCUAUAACAUCCAGGUGUUGGUGAAGGAUCAUCUGGACAAACCGGUGAACAGAAUCCAGGUUCGUCUGGUGGAGCGACAGCUGUUCAGGCGGGGGAGAGACAGCGAGAACAUGCCCUGUCCUGACAGCGCCUACAGCCAAUCAGACGGCCUCGCUGUCUUCAUCUGCAACACGCCGAGUGAGGCAGUCAAAGCUGUGCUGAAGUUUGAGACAGAUGACAGCAGACUCCCAGCAGCCAGUCAGGCCAGUCUGACGCUGGAGGCGUUGGCCUAUAACUCUCCGAACCAGCGCUACCUGUACAUCGACCCCCCGAUGCCCGGCCGAGGCCUGCAGGUGGGACACUACGCCAGCAUCAAGGUGUACUCAGCCACGCCGACCUACAUAUCUGUCACAACCUUCAGCUUCCUGGUUCUCUCUAAAGGGAAGGUGGUGGAUUUUGGCAGUAUAAAGUUCGUCUCCACCGCUGACAACAAACAGAUGCUGCGCUUCCAGGUGACGAGCGCCAUGGUCCCGUCCAUCAGGGUGCUGGUCUACUACAUCCUGUACGGGGAGGGGACGUCCGAGCUGGUGGCCGACUCCAUCUGGCUGGACGUCAGAGACAAAUGUGUCAGCGGACUUCAGACUGAGGUGUCGUUCCCUGCACGGGACUACAGACCAAAGCAGAACCUCCGGCUGGACAUUACGGCCAAUCAGGAGGGCCUGGUGGCGCUGUCUGCCGUAGACUCCACCCUUUACACCAUGCGGCCUAACUACCAAGACCCUGUUACCAAGGUGCUGCGUCACAUCGAGCAGAGCGACCAGGGCUGCGGAGGAGGCGGCGGCAAAGACAGCGCAGAUGUCUUCCGAUUGGCCGGCCUCACCUUCUCCACCAAUGCCAACGCCCACCCAUCAGCCAGCAAUGAGGCGUGUACAGCAGCAGUGCGUCCAAAACGAGCUCUGACUGACGAGGAGAAGAUGAAAAAAGCAAAGAGUUACGGCCCCCGUAAGACGUGCUGUGAGCAUGGGAUGAAAUACAUCCCAAAGAGCGUCACCUGCCAUCAGUUUUCCAAGCAGGUGUUCAAGAAACAUCCGCCCUGCCAGCAAGUGUUCAGAGAGUGCUGCGAGUUCAUCCAGCGGCACCUGGACCUGGACCAGAACCUGAUCCUGGGACGACACGACAUGGGAGCUGACUUCGAUCAGGCUCCUUCUCUGGUACGGAGCUACUUCCCAGAGAGCUGGCUGUGGGAGGUUCAGCGCGCUAGUCCCGGUCAGCAGUCGGUCAGCAGGACUCUACCUGACUCUCUCACCACCUGGGAGAUCAAAGCCAUCGGCAUGUUCAAGACCGGUAUGUGUGUCUCAGAGCCAGUGAAGGUGCCGGUCACCCUGCCGCUCAGUGUAGACGUCCCGCUGCCCUAUCAGGUGGUCCGAGGAGAGCAGCUGGAGCUCAGAGGCUCAGUGUACAACCGGCUGACCGACGUCACCAAGUACUGCGUGACGCUGACGGUCGGUCCAGAGAUCUGUCUGCUUCAGUCCCAGCCGGCAGCUGGAGGGGGGGGGCUUCACUCCACCACCUGUGACUGGAGCUCCCUGCAUCCAGGAGACGUGCGGAAGGUGAGCUUCACCCUGAUGGGCCUGGAGCACGGAGAGCACACCCUCACCUUCACCCUGAGGACACGAAAUGGACGUAAAGAUGUGCUGGAGAAGAAGCUCCGUGUGGUGCCUGAAGGAGUGAGGCAGGAGGAUUAUUCUGGAGGGAGACUCGACCCGCAGGGACUCUACGGGUCAGAGAAGAGAUCAGUGGAGCUGAAGAACAAACCGCCGCCCAACAUCGUUCCCAAAACAUCUGUAGACAGAUUCCUGACUAUCAACGGUGAGGUUCUGGGUGAAGUCCUGUCUGUGAUGCACAGCCCCGAAGGCCUCCGGCAGCUGGUCAACCUACCGGCAGGCUCGGCGGAGGCGGAGCUUGGCGGGCUCCUCCCCCUGGUGCAGGUGUACCGAUACCUGGAGACCACGGGGAGCUGGGGAGUCCUCGGUACCGACAUCCAGAAGAACUCACGAGAUCUGAAACAGAAGAUCAGAGAGGGUGUGGUCAGUAUCAGCUCGUUCAGAGGUGGAGACUCCAGCUACAGCAUGUGGAUGAAGAGAGAAGCCAGCACCUGGCUGACAGCUCUGGCAGUGAAGACCCUGUCUCUAGUGGACCAGGUUCUGGUUGUGGACCAUCAGGAUCUCUCUGAGUCCGUGUCCUGGUUGAUCAGCAGCGCUCAGAAACCUGACGGAUCCUUCAGUGAGAAAUCCUCCUUCAGACCCAACAAGAUCCUGGCUGAGGGGACCGACGCCGUCGACCAAUCGGUGUAUCUGACGUCCUUCGUGCUGAUCGCCUUAAAGAGAGCCACGAGCAUCAAAGACCCGAUCCUGCAGCUCCGAUCACAUGAUGACAGCAUGAGUUUGGCAGCAGACUACAUUUCCCAGCAUGCCCUGACAGUGAAGAGUGUGUAUGUGCGAGCGGUGGCGGCGUACGCGAUGACGCUUCAUGACCCCAACGAUGUGAUGGCGAGUCAGCUGCUCACGAGCCUGGAGAACCUGGCCCGGCAGAAAGGACACCCUGCUGUGCUCAGGUACUGGCAGGAGACCAGCGUGACAGCUGAUUGGCUGAAACCCGACCAAUCCAGCGGUCUGACGGUGGAGACGACAGCGUACGUCCUGCUGACUGUGCUGCUCAAGGGAAGGAUCCAGUACGCCAGCCCCAUCCUCACCUGGCUGACCCAGGACCAGCACUAUGGAGACGGGUUUCUACUCUGUACAGGUACACACACACACACACACACACACACACACACACACACACACACACACACACACACACACACACACACACAUUCACACAAUCAAUCAAUCUAAUCUUUAUUUGUAAAGCGCCAAAUCAC